UUUAAAUCACAUUCUUCGGCUGGACAGAAAACAGUAGAGCGUUGAAACGGCUUUGAUGCUUAACUUGUGAUAGAAUAUGCUACUGGGCAUCUACGUGUCCAAUUUCCGAGCUCGAGUCCCAAGUGUCACUGGCAGGGUGCUGGCGUCUUGCCAUAGUAAUGUCCGGCCCUUAGCACUUUCGUCACAGACUCAACACAUACUCUCCAGAAGACGGACAUAUCCCUUUUCUAUUCAGACCUCCCGUUUUUAUGCAACCGAGACGCCUGUCAAGAAGAUCUCUGGGCUUACUAGGUUCCUGCCAUCCGCUUUGCAGCCCGCACCUGGAAGUAGCUCCUCGUUCCGGAAAAUCAUUGCACUGGCUAAGCAGGAGAAAAGGCCUUUGCUACUUGCGGUGGGCCUGCUACUGGUGUCCUCUUCAGUUGCGAUGAGCGUUCCGUUUACGAUCGGAAAAUUGAUAGAUUUUUUCUCUUCUGCAAACCCUGAAAUACCAUUCGGUUUGUCAAUUGGGCAAGCCUCAGCAGCUCUUCUGAUUUUGUUUACGACGGGAGCAACGUGCAAUGCAGCGAGGUCGUUCCUCAUGCGAAUGUCAGGCCAGCGAAUUGUUGCGCGGUUGAGGGAGCGGGCGUAUGCCGCAGCACUGAAACAAGAAGUCGAAUUUGUGGAGAGGGGAGAGGGUGACGUUUUAAGCAGACUGACUGCAGAUUCAAGCAUUGUCGGGGAGAGUGUCACACAGAAUCUUUCAGAUGGACUGCGAGCCAUCGUGAUGUCAUCUGUUGGCCUUGGUGCCAUGUUCUACUUGUCCCCCACGCUAACUGUGAUGAUGUUGGGAAUUGUUCCACCAGUUUCUCUCGGUGCUGUAUUCUAUGGUCGCUACCUGAAAAAGCUCUCCAACCAGACGCAAGAAGCGAUGGGUGAAAUGACCAAGGUUGCACAAGAGUCGCUCUCGGCUCUACGGACAAUUCAAGCAUUCAAUGCGCGCGACCAGGAGGAGGGAAAGUUCCACGACCGGGUGACACGCGUCCUUGCGCUAGCUCGGAAGGAGGCGAUCGCAUCAGGAAUCUUCUUCGGAAGCACUGGUUGGAGCGGAAAUGUGACUAUCCUUGGGCUGCUUGGAUACGGGGGAACACUGGUUUCGCAGGGUGCGAUCACUGUCGGAGACCUGACGAGCCUCCUGCUAUAUACCGUAUAUGUUGGCUCGGGUCUUCAAAUGUUGACUUCAUUUUUCUCUUCCAUUAUGCGUGGGAUUGGCGCGGGUACACGCAUAUUUGAGCUACUCGACCGCACGCCAGCGAUUCCGCCCCAUGGAGGCAUUGAGGUUGACGCUUCGCGCUACGGCACGGUGAGAUUCCAGAACAUCGGGUUCGAGUACCCCAGUCGGAAAGGUGUGCAAAUCCUUGAUGAUUUCAAUCUCGAGAUUGGCGUCGGAGAAAGCGUGGCAAUCGUGGGGAAGAGCGGUGGUGGCAAGUCGUCCGUACAAUCUUUGCUUUUGCGGUACUACGAUCCUGUGCACGGGAAAGUGACCUUUGAUGGUCAAGAUAUCCGUGAAUUCAACCCUUCGUCAUGGCGCAGCAUGAUCGGCAUUGUUCCCCAGGACCCCGUCCUCUUCACAGGGACCAUUGCAUCGAAUAUUGCCUUCGGGAACAAGGAUGCUACGCGCGAGGAGAUCGAAGCUGCUGCACGCGAGGCGAACUGCGAGUUCAUCUUUGGGAUGCCGAAGGGGUUCGACACCGAAAUUGGCCGUCUGAGCUUGAGUGGUGGACAAAGGCAGCGCCUGGCGAUUGCCCGUGCGCUGCUGAAAAAGCCCAAGAUUUUGGCGCUCGACGAAGCGACCAGCUCGCUUGAUGCUGCAUCGGAACAUAGGGUCAAUGACGCCAUUGACAAAAUCCUGCGAGCACGACACACGACGUGUCUGAUCGUUGCACAUCGCUUGUCAACUAUUGCCCGCGCGGAGCGGAUCGUCGUGCUUGAAGAUGGCCGGAUAACAGAGUCGGGGACGUAUAGGCAGCUUGUGAACUCGAAGGAUUCGAGAUUCCGGACGCUGAUGGCUGCGCAACUGAAUGCGGCUGCUGGAGAUGCACCACUACCAAUCGCACCAUCCACGAAUCUGGAUUCUGUGCCGUCUGCAUCGUUGGCAUCUGCAAUACCCCCUCCUUAGAUUAAAACCUAUAUGCACACAAGUAUUUAUUUAGAUCAUACAUGAAUCGCAGCCAGUUCACUUGGAAAA